GUGGCAGUAGCUUCAAAAAUUAUCUUUGCUUUGAUUGCAUUGUGUUUUUGUUUAUUUUUAUUUUAAUUUUCCAUGCCGGUUCAUGUCAUCGCAUUCUAAACUCUCGAAUUGUCUUCUUUUACUAAAGUAAUUUCAUAUGUAAAUGAAACCUAGAGAGUUAAAAUGCCAUCUCUAAUGACUGAUGACGAUCGGAACGCUAAACGAGAGGCACUGAAGUCUAAUUGGAAAAUAGCCUCUGCUGCUCAGUUUGUUUCUUUGUUCCGAAUUGCAUUCAAGUUACCUGAAAUUGAAAUUGAGGAUCUGGAAGAGGGCCUUCUAGAUAAAGCUAAUGUGGAGCGUAAAAUUCUGAUUGAGCUCUUUGUAGCGCUUUUACGUGGAAUUAACUAUAAAGUCAACAAAGAGAAUUGGGAGUUGUAUCUUAGGAAACUAGUUCAAAAAAAAUUUGUUCCCGAGGAAGGAAGAAGCAAUCCGUUUCCCGAACCAGACUUUGAACUUUUUAAAAAGACGGAUGGAUUGGUGAGUUUGGAUACAACGGAUAGUUUUUUGGAGGAUCUCAGUUUACAAGAAAAUAGUUUGGACAGAUUUUCUGGUUUGCAAAAUCAAGAAUCUCUCACCAGUUUUUGGGAUUUGGAUUCUUCAUCUCAGACUGAUAUUAUACUUUUUUUAUGCUAUAUGCGUCUAGAUCGAAGUGAUGCUGCAGAAGCCAUGAAGAAUAUGGAUUCAGAUAUCUUAAGAGCCCAAGCAUUAGGGUGUGAUAAUGAUGGAAAUAAGUACUGGUACUUUUAUGGAACAAGAUUAUACAAAGAACAACCUUCCCCAGAGAAAAAAUUAAAUUGGGAUGAUGAGUUAAAACAGCAGAAAGUGCAACCACGGCGAGGAAGAGGUCGUCCUCGAAAGAUCCUUUGUAAGCCACGAAAGUCGGAUGGAGAAAGUGAUGAUCUUGAAGAGGAUGGUAAUCAGAAGAAAUUUAUGAAUACUGAUGAAAAGUCUGUAUGGUCUGUCGUAUGCAAUACACUUGAUGAUUGGAUUAAUUUUGCAGACAAGUUUAAGGAUAGUAAUACAAAGUGCGAGAGAUCUUUAUUUGAAGUUAUACAAGCUAAUUUCUUACCUGCUCUGAAUGAAAUAUACCAAGAAAAGGAGAAAAGAUUGAGACAGAAAAUCAAAGAACUGAUCAGUCUGCCUAUGAUUACUAAGAGAGAAACAAGGAGUCAUAACAGAACUAUAAGUCAUGACAAGAAGUCUAAUGGAUAUAAUAAUGUUAAAGAGAACUUAAAAAGAGAUCGGGCAAAUCGGUUGGAAGAAAGGAAUCGCAGAGCAAGUGAAGUGCCCACUGGGACGGCUGGGAGAAGUUAUAAGUAUUACGAUGAAGAUAAUGACGAAGAAAUCCCUGAUGAAGAUAACGAUGAAGAGAUGUCUGAAGAUUUUUCUGAUGAUACAACACAUUCUCUUAAAGAUAAUUAUGUUCAAGAUUAUCAGCCUCUCUACAGUAAUGGCAUUGAUUUGAAGCCUGCUAUUCUAAGAUUGGUUGGACAAAUCAAACUGUGCAAGGACGCCUGGCCCUUUUUGAAUCCUGUCCAAAGAGAAGAGGCACCAGGUUAUUAUGAAAUAAUAUCGCAACCAAUGGAUUUAUCAACUGUUACUCGAAAGCUGUUGAAUCAUUGUUAUAAUUCUGUCAAUGAUUUGGAUGCAGACUUUCGAAAAUUGGUGUCAAAUUCUCGUCUUUAUAAUGGUGAACAUGGUGUUCAUACAAAAAUGGCGCACAGUGUUUAUAAUAUGUUCCUUUGUGGCCUUAAUAAACUAUUUGAGGAACAUGGAAUAAGCAACAUUAGUUUCACUAAUAUUAAAGAAGAGAACAAAUUUAAAAGUAAUUCCAAGCACUCUAAAGUUGCUUCUAAGAGGAGAAAAAUGAAACCUGACGACGGAAGGAAAAGAAAGAAGAAAGCAUCUCAUUUGUCAGCCUUAGAGUCUUUGUCCAAAGAAGCACAGUUAUCUGUUAAGAAAUCAAAUAAAGUCUUUAAAAGCCUAUACACUAACAGUGACUCUCGACAUUCCAGCUUGAAAGUAGUAUCAAUUCAUAGCAACCCUAGGGAAGUGCUGGAAAGAUUCCUGUCUGAUUCUUCAAAUCAAGAGCAUGAAGAGGACAGCAGCAACAACUCCUCUUUGUUGGGGGAGGAGAACACUAACUCCAUGGAGGACUUUGACGUUUGCAAUAAUUCUGGUUCAAACGAUUACCUAGAGUCUCACAACAACGACGACGAUUCAAACGAGUGCGUGUUUACGAAUGAAGAUAACCAAAAAGGAAACAUUAAUUAUGAUGGACAAAAAGAUACUGUGUUGAAUGAAGUACCUGAUCAGCAAUUAAGUGAAAAUGAUUCUAAUUUCCCCGAUAGUUCACGGGAAGAUGACCGUAAGGCUUCUAACAGCAGCACAGAAGGCCUACUCCAUGGUAUGGAUAACAUUUUGGAUGAGUGUAGUAAUCAGAGUAUAACAAAUGGAAAUAUUAGUUUCACUAGGGAAGCAAUCUAUUCAUCUGGUGAGGUGAAUACGUCACCUGGUGGCAGGUCCGCACAUUCGGCCCAAUCUCGCAGUUCCGACUCUAGUACGCCAGAAAACACUCAAAAAAGUUCACCAGAAUCGAGUCCGUUCAUUCAAAGUUCCAUCGUCGACAAGCAUGUUCCAUUUCUGCAAGACAGUUUGGGCAUUCAGUCAAACUUUACCUUUCCGUCAAACAACAUCGAACCUUCUACCGUUGAUGCCAGUAUUCUUGGAUUUUCUUCUUUUACGAGUGCUCCUUCGAGAAUAUCUCCGGAACUUUCGAACCAGUCCGAGGCUAAGCAACUCACGCCUCCACCAGCACAGGUUUGUAACACGGUGGCAACAUUCACGACUCACAUGUCACCGACUACUUCUCCUAAAGGUUUAACGAUUCCUCAGGUUAAUUCUGCAUAUGACAAGUCGUUCUCCUAUCAGAAUCCAGUUCAGAUUUUAAAGCCGGAGCCAAACAAGUUUCCAACCAUGAAAGUGAGCCUGCCGCCUUCGACUGGAGAAAUUCUUGUUGUGCCUGAUAAAACUGAUCCUCAUAAGAUGACGUUUCAUUUGCUUGCACAGCCACAUGCAAAUCCUUCUCAGCCUAUACAGUCUAGCAUGGAAUUAAGAGCUAAUCUGGACAGUGUCAGGAAUGAGGUUAAUGAAUCAGCUGGAAAUAAAAUUUACAAGGAUACCUCAAGUGCAAUUGCGCCUAAAAGAACAUCUCCUGUCAUUGAAAUUCCACAAUUUCAAAGUGCCUCAUCCUAUGGCAUGCCUCUUUUGUCACAACCUCCAGUGACUUCCAGUUUUUCGAAUUUGUUGAAACCAGUCUCUCCGUAUCCCAAUUUUACUUCUAAUUCAAGUUUCCCACCAAUGCCUGGCCCAUCAGUGUCAAGUUUUCCACCAGUGUCUACUCCAUCGAUGCCUAGUUUCCCAUCCAUGCCAAGUUUCCAAUCUAUGUCUAACAAUUUCAUCCCCGUGAGCACCCACGCAAUUUCGACACCCCCCAACAGCUUUCUGCCUAGCAAUGCAAGCAGCUCAGCUAUUGCUAACAAGACAGAUCAACAGUUGUUUAAACUGAAGCCAUCCAAUUUUAUCCCCUCCGGUACAAAUCAUGACGCUGCCAUGAGAUCUUCUAACAUUGCUGGUUAUAGUGCAGAAAAUAUUAGUUUAAUACCCCAGUCUAGUAACUCUGCCAGAACAAUAAGUUCUUCUGUUACAUCUUCUGUAUUGUCCAGCAAUAAAAUUUCCAGGAGUUCAAAAUCUAAAUCUGAAACUUCGUCCAAAAAGGCGACUACUGUUGCCCAAAAGUUGUAUGCCAGCAAUAACUCUUACCUCCAUCCUAGCAAUGUUAUAUCCAAUGGUAAUGGACAUUAUGAAAUUUUAGUGCCUACUGUUGACCAGUUUUCAAGAUUCCAAACAGCUGACAGACAAUCAAAUAAUCAAAAUAUGUUGAAGUCUUACCCUGAAGGAUCUACUAUCUAUACUUCAACAUAUCCCAAUUCAUUACAAAAUUAUGGACUUACUACUACUCCACAUCUUGUGUAUGCACAGGUGAAUCCUAAUCAAUCUUCCCAAAUCAUAAACAUACCAAACUAUAUGCUUGCAAGUCAGAACAUGUUUCAACAUCCGAUGAAUCCUCCUAUCAUGAAUGUCCAACCUUUUCAAGUUCCUAAUCGUCCUGUGGUUCCUAUGGAUUUAAAUGGCAGAUAGUCCCUUGUAAAUCAUG